UUCGCUCUUCCUCGUUCACCACCCACUUUAUUAGCAAAACAAAGUUGAGCCUGAGCGAUCGGCACAUCGGCACCUAUCGGCACCAAGAUUACGCACGCGAGUGAUAACAAAAUAGUGAACCUUCAGUGAUACCACAAAGAAUCGAAAUCCAACAUGAGUAACGCCUUCCGGACGGUGUUCCCAACGGUGAACCGGGAACUGCUCAACUGGUUCCCGGGCCACAUGGGCAAAGGCAUGAAACAGAUGCAGCAGAAGCUCAAACAGGUGGACUGCGUAAUCGAGGUGCACGACGCCAGGAUUCCCCUGUCGGGACGCAAUUCCGAGUUCCGGUACACGAUCAGUGGCGUCAAGCCGCACAUUCUGGUGCUCAACAAGAAGGACAAGAUCGAUCGCCGGUUGCAGGGACGGAUUGUCGAUCGGUUGCAGCAGGAAGAUUCGGAAGCACGGCAUAUUCUGUUCACCAACUGUAAGGACCAAUCGUGCAACGGCAUCCGAAAGGUAAUGCCACUGGCCCAGGAUCUCAUUCUCAGCUCCAACCGGUUCAACCGAGCCGAUCAGAAAGAGUACUGCAUCAUGAUCAUCGGCGUCCCCAACGUGGGGAAAUCGUCCCUCAUCAACGUCCUCCGGAAUCGUCACCUGAACAAGAAGGGAGCCUCCCAAGUUGGGGCCGUAGCCGGUAUUACCCGCAGCGUGCUGAACAAAAUAAAGAUCAGCGAAGACCCACUGGUAUACCUGCUGGACACUCCGGGCAUUCUGAAGCCCAACAUUGCGGACACGGAAACCGGGCUGCGCCUGGCUUUGGUAUCGUGCCUGCAGGACCAUCUGGUGGGCGAGGAACUCAUAGCCGAUUACCUACUCUAUUUGCUAAACAAACGAGGAAACUACAAAUAUGUGGAGCUAAUGGGCCUCAAGGAACCAACGGAUUCCAUCGCCGAAGUUCUGAUAGCCGGAUCGAAGCACCUGGAUAAAACGGUCCGUGUGCGACAUUACGACGGUUCAUUCGUAAUCCGACCGGACGCGAUGCUGGCCGCUAGGCAUAUGAUCAAGGCGUUUCGGACAGGAGCCUUUGGGAAAAUUCUAAUCGACGACGACAAGUUCGUCUGAAUGGCCUUAUACCAAAAGUAGUUGUAUAUUAAAUCUAUAUAGUUCCCUACA